CCGCAGAAGAAGAAACCAUUGCGCUUUGAAACGGAACUUCUUAAAAACUGAACUUUUAAAGACUUUAAACUAUUUAAGUUUUACCUUUUAUAAACAAAGCACUGACUCAGCUUCUUUGUUAAACUCUCAUCAUGUGGAACGAACCGACUUUUUACCGAAAAACGGGAAACUUAACGAUGUUUCCGGCUGUGCAGGAGAUCAGGAAGGAGGUGGGCUGCCAGUGGGAGAGUCCAUAUGAGGAGAUGAAGAAGAAGGAGACGAGGGAGGUCGGCUGUCAGAGCGACUCAGCAGAACAGAGAGAUGCUGCUGUCCAGGUGGACCUGCUGACUCAGCAGCUGAGCUGGAGACACACAGGUGCUGCGUGGCAGUGUGUGAGAGUGGAGGACCCUGGUCUGCUGCAGCACCACAGCCCCCCCCUCCACCUGUUCUGCUGCCCCCCCACAAUGUAUCAGCCUACAGCUCUCAAAGAGCUACCCUGGUUACCCAGCAUGCCUCAGUGCAGCGAGCCACCCCCCGGACUCAUCGCUCCUCUGAGCCCCCGCCUGGCCGAGGAAGAGGAGGAGGAAGAGGAGGAUCAGAGGCUCUGUGCUGAGAGGUGGGGCCAAAUAACAUCAGUGAAGAAGAGGAGGAAGAAGGGGUCUGCAAAAUGGACCAAUCAUAUUGCAGCAAGAGCUCGCUGGAAGAGGAGCGAGGACAGGAAAGAGAUCGGCCAAUCAGAAGAGAUGAGCAGGAAGAGAGGACAAAUCCCAGGAGGAGGAGAGGAAGAGGAGGGGAUGAAGAAAAAAGUGGUGAAGAUGAACAGCUGGGAGACGGAGAGGCCAAGGAGGACGGCUGUCCGUCCUCCAAUCAGAUACCUGGUGGAGUCUGAGGUGACCAAUCACAGAACAGUGAGAAGGAGGGAGGAGAGACAGGAGGACGAGGAGGAGAUCAAAGACAGCAGGGUGGAGUCACUGGAGGACGGAUGUUGGAAGAUCUGUAAGGUUUGUGGUCUGAACAUCACCUGUGCAGCGUCUCCGCAGCUCCACCUGUCCGUCCACAGACCCUUCUUUAACAAGCCCCGCCCCCCUGUUACCAACAAGACUCCUGAUUGGUCCAGACGCAGAGAGCCCAAAAUCCCCCGAUGGUGGGUUGACUAUAGGAGCACCAAGAGGAUGAAGAAGAGGAGGAGGAGGAAGAGGAGGGAGGAAGAUAAACAAGUCUGUGUGAAGGAGGAGGGAGGUGGAGAGGAAGAGGAGAGGAGAGAUGGUGGAGAAAUUGAGAAAAAAGUGGAGGGAGGAGGAGAGGAUGGAGUAAUGAAGAGGAGAGAUGAAGAAGGAAAGGAGGAAGAGGAGGUUGGUGAUGAAAGAGGAAAGAGGAGAAAAUAUGGAGGAGAAAUUGAAGUCUGUAUAGAGGAGGAAGAGGAGGGAGGAGGAGAAAAGAAGGAGGAGGGAGGAAAGAGGAAAGAGAUGAAGGCGCAGCUUGUGAGGCCAAGGAGGCAGAGAGUCGGUCCUCCAAUCAGAUACCUUUUGGAGUCAGAGGAGAGGUCACAUGGUGUGGUGACAUCCAAUCAGGAGAGAGCACACGGACCCAGAAAAAGAGGAAGACCAAUAAAUGUCAUGAGGGACCAAGAGGAAGGGGGCGGGACUUCAGAGAGACAGACAGAGAGACAGACAGGUGAUACAGAGAGGCAAACAUGUGAGAGACAGACAGGUGAUACAGAGAGACAGACAUGUGAGAGACAGACAGAGAGAUCGACAUGUGAGACAAACAGAGACACAGACGGGUGAUAUAGAGAGACAAACAUGUGAGAGACAGACAGAGACACAGACAGGUGAUACAGAUAGACAAACAUGUGAGAGACAGACAGAGAGAUCGACAGGUGAGAGAGAGACAGAGAGAUCGACAGGUGACACAGACAGACAGAGAGGUCAGAGACAGACAGAGACACAGAUAGGUGAUACAGAGAGACAGACAGGUGACACAGACAAACAGACAGAAAGACAGACAGACAGGUGAGAGACAGCCAGAGACACAGAUAUGUGAUACAGGUGAUACAGAGACACAGACAGGUGAUAUACAGACAGGUGAUACAGAGAGACAGACAGGUGACACAGAGAGACAGACAGGUGACACAGAGAGACAGACAUGUGAGAGACAGACAGAGAGAUUGACAGGUCAAUCGGGGAACGGUGACCAAUCGUCUUACAGGUCAGACGGGAAAUAUUUGUAUUAAAUGUAUUUGAAGAGUAUCUGAUGUUAUUGUGAAAGUGUAAAUGAUUUAUAUUAGAAGUAUUUCUUGUCGAACAGAUUUAAUAAACUUCUACUGAUGAAGA